GGACAUGCCACUCAUCAGAAAAUGGUGGUGUCUGUUUCUGAUGGAACGUUUUGAAAUCGAGGGUCAUGGACAGCGGUUCGCAUUUUGGACGGAUGAGGCGAGAGCAUUGCUUCAAGGACUCAAAGCCCCUGUAUACAGGGUACCAAGAGGGAGUGGCAUCACUUUAAAAUGCCCGGACCAUGUCCUUGUUGCAGCUGACCGCUCUGCAAAGGAGAAGCAACUUGUGGACCUGAUUGUGCAGUCCGGAGAGGCUGAGCAGCAUAUCGUGGAUGUACUCAAAGGCAAACCAAGGUAUUUUAAACAUGAGUGCCAGAGGGUGCCUGUCUACUUGGACACAGAGGAACACCGGGAUGUCCUUUAUAGACAUCUGAGGGGCAUCGCAGAUCGAGAAGGAACUCCCAACAACAUUGUGGAUGAGGUGGACUUUUUGAUGGAUGUUCUAUUCCCAGAGGCUAUUAUUUAUGGUCUCGCCGUGACCCACAAGGUCUCAGUGGCACAUGCCGAAAACUUAUUUAUUGUUGGACAAACGUUACACACAAGUGAAAGAGACCAAUUUGAGCAGAGGAUCGAAAAGGAGUUGCGACAACAAGGGAAGUGAAUGAGUGAGCAAUAAAGUGCUUUUUCAAAAAUA